GACACCUUACGUGUAUUUCGAUUAGUAUGAUCUGGCAGUUAUAUUUUGAUUGUGUGCUGGUAUAAUUCGAAAUUCUCUCUUUCCCGUUGUACUUAAAAGAUUAAAUUACAAUUGUUAACGACUUGUGGUUUUACUCAUAUUUGAACGUUCUGUUAUCGGAGCGAGACAAGAAAUACAGUAUUCUGGUCAUAUAGUGGCAUUUCGAAAAAAGAAGGGAAGAGGAAGAUUCAAUAAAUGUCAAAUAAAUUCACCAACUAACUAACAGUUUCUCCAAUACAUGUUCCUAAAAAUCUUAAAAAAUCUGAUAGUAUGGAAAAACAGAGGAAAUCUUCAAAUUUCGAAGAAGAAAGAAACCUUCCUGAAAAAUCUAGUAGUAUGGAAGAACAGAGCAAAUCAAACUCAAGUUUCGAAGAAGAAAGAAACCGUUCCAAAAAACAUACUUGUUUAGGUGUAGAAAAAUCUCCAAUAGAAAAAGAAAAAUUCAAAGAAAGAAGAAAUCUUCGGAAAAAACUUUUGGAAAAACAGAGGAAAUCUCCAAACUCAAGUUUCGAAGAAAAAAGUAAACCUUCAACAUCUGAAUCUAUUAUGAAGGAACAACCCAAAUCUUCGAAAUAUUCUAAACCGGAGUUCAGACAAAUGAGCGUAUCUUCACAUUCUGUUAUUAAGGAGGACCCGUCAGAAUCUUCGAAUAUCGAAAACUUUUCCGAGUCAGAUCGAAAAUCGUCAUCUGCCUCUAUACUGAGCAGUGAUGUUCCAGAUAAAACCGAGCAAUCUUCAUCAAAUCGAGAAGAUUGUGUUAGCCAAUCUUCACAAUCUGAUAUUACGGAGGAGCAACCCAAAUCUACAAAUAUGGAAAAAAAUGAGUCUGAUAAAAAAUCAUCGUCUCCUUCUAUAUUAAGUCAUGAUGUUCCGGAGACAUCCAUCGAGCAGAUUCCAUCAAAACAAGAAGAUUUUAUUAGCCAACCUUCUCAAUCUGAUAUUACGGAGGAACAAGCCAAAUCUACAAAUGUGCAGAAAAACGAGUCCGAUGAAAAAUUAUCGUCUCCCUCUGUACCAAGUCAUGAUGUUCCAGAAAUAUCUAUCGAGCAAGCUCCAUCAAAUCAAGAAGAUUUUAUGAGCCAACCUUCUCCAUCUGAUAUUACGGAGGAACAAGCCAAAUCUACAAAUGUGCAGAAAAACGAGUCCGAUGAAAAAUUAUCGUCUCUCUCUAUACCGAGUCAUGAUGUUCCAGAGAUAUCCAUCGAGCAAGCUCCAUCAAAUCAAGAAGAUUUUAUGAGCCAACCUUCUCCAUCUGAUAUUACGGAGGAACAACCCAAAUCUACAAAUGUGCAGAAAAACGAGUCCGAUGAAAAAUUAUCGUCUCUCUCUAUACCGAGUCAUGAUGUUCCAGAGAUAUCCAUCGAGCAAGCUCCAUCAAAUCAAGAAGAUUUUAUGAGUCAAUCUUCUCAAGCUGAUAUUACGGAGGAACAACCCAAAUCUACAAAUGUGGAGAAAAACAACGAGUCCGAUGAAAAAUCAUCGUUUCCCUCUAUACCGAGUCAUGAUGUUCCAGAAACAUCCAUCGAACAAGCUCCAGCAAAUCAAGAAGAUUUUAUUAGCCAACCUUCUCAAUCUGAUAUUACGGAGGAGCAACCCAAAUCUACAAAUGUGGAAAAAAACAAUGAGUUUGAUGAAAAAUCAUCGUCUCCCUCUAUAUCAAGUCAUGAUGUUCCGAAGACAUCCAUCGAGCAGAUUCCAUCAAAUCCAGAAGAUUUUAUUAGCCAAUCUUCUCAAGCUGAUAUUACGGAGGAGCAACCAAAAUCUACAAAUGUGGAGAAAAGCAACGAGUCCGAUGAAAAAUCAUCGUCUCCCUCUAUACCGAGUCAUGAGACAUUCAUCGAGCAAGCUCCAUCAAAUCAAGAAGAUUUUAUUAGCAAAUCUUCACAAUCUGAUAUUACGAUGAAACAGGCCGAAUCUAGAAAUAUUGAAAAAAAUAAGUUCGAUUGGUCUUUCCUUUCAGUAAUAUAUGAUAUAGCACCUGUCGAGCAGGAUUCAUUAAAUCGAAAAGAUUUUGUUAGGAGACCUUCUCUAUCUGAUAUUACGGAGGAGAUACCUGAAUCUACAAAUGUGGAAAAAAGCAACGAGUCAGAUAAAAAAUCGAGACCUUCUCUAUCUGAUAUUACGGAGGAGAUACCUGAAUCUACAAAUGUGGAAAAAAGCAACGAGUCAGAUAAAAAAUCGUCAUCUUCCCUUAUAUCGGAUGAUUUGAAGACAUACAGCGAGAGGGUUUUAUUAUUUCAAGAUUUUGUUAGGAAACCUCUAUCUGAUAUUACGGAGGAGACAUCUGAAUCUACAAAUGGGGAAAAAAGCAACGAAUCCGAUAAAAAAUCGUCAUCUUCCUUUAUACUGGAUGAUGAUGUUUCGGAGACACCCAUUGAGCAGGCCUCAUUAAAUCAAGAAGAUUUUGUUAGCCAACCUUCACAAUCUGACAUUACGGAGAAGCAGUCCAAAUCUAUAAAUAUCGAAGAACAUGAGACCGAUGAGAAAUCAUUGUCUUCUUCUUUAUCAAUGAGUGAAUUUUCUCCUAGUGAACCGUUCGCGGACUAUGCAAGAAGGACAACAAUUAUGGAAAAGAUCGAUCCUUAUGAUAAAAUGAACUCACCAAAAUUACUUAAGGAAUUGUCUUUUAUUAAAUUAUCUUCUAUGGUACCGUCUCCUAUGGAUUUAUCUUCUGCGAAACCAUUUAACAUAAAAUUGUCCGAGUCAGAUUCGGAUGCUACUGUAAUCAAGCAACCGACAUCAAAAUCUGCGCUCGAGUUGAAAUCUCCAUCUUCACAAGGAUGCAUUCAGAAGAAUGAAAGUGACACUAAACCGAUAGACAACCAGUAUAAGAAAGAAGAAAAACCUUGUUCAACUAUUGAUAACAUAAAGUCUUCUACGGAAUUAUCUUCUACGGAACCGUUUCCUAAGGAGACAAUUUCUAAGGAAUCGUCUCCUAAGGAACCGUCUCCUACGAAACUGUCUUCUACAGAAUUGUCUCUUACGGAACCGUCUCCUACAGAACCGUCGCCUACAGAACCGUUUCCUUCAGAACCAUCUCCUACAGAACCGUCUCCUACAGAACCGUCUCCUACGGAACCAUCUCCUAUGGAAUUGUUUUCUACAAAAUCGUUUUCUACAAAAUCGUCUCCUAUAAAAUCGUCUCCUAAAGAACCAUCUCGCAUGGAAUCAUCCCCUACGGCAUCAUCUUCUAUGGAAUCAUUUCGUACGGAACCAUCUUCUAUAGAAUCGUCUCUUAUGGAACCAUCUCUUAUGGAACCGUCUCUUACGGAACCAUCUUCUAUAGGAUUGUCUCCUACGGAACCAUCUCCUAUGAGAUCGUCUCCUACAGAACCAUCUCCUGCGAAACCGUGUCCUGCGGAACCAUCUCUUCCGGAACCAUCUCUUACGGAAUUAUUUUCUACAAAAUCGUUUCCCACAAAAUCGUCUCCUACAAAAUCGUCUUCUAUAAAAUCAUCUUCUACAGAACCGUCUCGUAUGGAACCGUCUUCUACAAAACCAUCUCUUAUGGAAUCAUCUCUUACGGAACCAUCUCCUACAGAACCGUCUUCUCCGGAACCGUCUCUUCCGGAACCAUCUCUUACGGAAUUGUUUUCUACAAAAUCGUUUCCCACAAAAUCAUCUCCUACAAAAUCGUCUCCUACGGAACCGUCUCGUAUGGAACCGUCUUCUACAAAACCAUCUCUUACGGAAUCGUCUCCUAUGAAACCGUCCCCUACGGAAUCAUCUCCUACGAUAUCGUCUCCUACAAAAUUGUCUUCUACGGAACCGUUGCACACGGAAUUGUGCGAUUCGGAUUCGGAUGCUACUGUAAUUGUGCGACCGAUAUCAAGGUCUGCCUACGAGUUACCUUCAUUUUUACAAGAAUGCAUUCAGGAGAAUGAACGUGAUACUAAGUCGACAGACAAUUUGUAUAAGAAAGAAGAAAAACAUCGUUCAAUCAUUGAAAAGUCUCCUAUGGAAUUGUGCCUUACGGAAUCGUCUUCUACAAGACCAGAGAAAUCUAAAGAUUUGAUGGAAAAUGUACACGAUAUUAUAUUAGAUUUUCCCGCAUUUGUGCCAGCAGAUAAUCAAGCGGAAACUACGAGCGAUAGGGAAGAGAACGCUAUGGAUCCUACGACAUCAAUGAUUCAGAAUAACAAUCAAUCUUUGCAAACAACCUCUGAUAUUGUAAAAGAUAUUUCUCCCAAAUCUAAAACAACUGAUAAGACUAAAAAAGACGAUGAACCGGAAGAUGAUCCAAAAUCAGACAGUAAAAUAAAAAAGAAAAUAAAAUGUUCAUCAAAAUGUUGUCUUGUCGUUUUGUUAAUCUCGUUAAUAAUAUAUCUAUCUUUAUUAAUAUUUCUAUUACACAAUUUUGGAUUUUUGAAUUUUUAUCAGAAUAAACAUACUGACAUUCUUCAGACUGCCGUUGUUGAAUUGGAGAAGAUAAUAUACGAUGAAGAUAAUACCGUACGAAUGUUGAACGAAUAUCUUGAUCAAGAUACAUCUCUUAUAAAAGUAAUAGCUCUCAUCGGCGAUUCAAUCAUCGACAAGUCAUACACGGUGGACAUUAUAAGAAAAAAAUUACGCAGAAAGAGAAGAAACGGUUCUUUACCUUGGUUUCCGGACUUUGUUAUCAUGGAGAACUUAAGAGAAGAGCAUUCCUUAACCGUUGUAGACUACGCAGAAACAUUUCAAGAAGUAUAUAAUGAUCGGCCGUUUACGAUAUUGGCAGUUUAUAAAAUCGAAGAAAUGAAUGACAAUUUGAAGCGUAGAUUAGAACUAAAUCAAAUUAUAAAAGGAGUAAACGAUACUUUUAUCAAAGCAGAUAUUAAUUUCAAAAUUAUUUCCUAUAAACUUUUAACCGAUACUAUUUUAGACCAAUAUAUUAUAAACAUGGAGGAAAAACUAAGACAAACGUUCUCUCCAGAUCAGAUCUAUAAUAUUAAACAAAGUUUGAUAGAAGAUCGUAGCUACUGUCAAGAAAAAUAUGAUUGCAUCAAAGAUCAGUGAAAAUCGCAUACAUAAUUGUUUCCAAGAAAAUGAGAUUGCUAAUAUUAUUGUAUUUUAAAAAAUUAUUGCGUCUGAUAUAACAGUCCGAUUAAACAAUGAGUAUUUAUUUUCGUGUACAUUCUCGAUUGUAACAUAUUGAAAUAAUUUCAUGCUAUUUUUUAAAUAGGAUUUUAAUUGAAAGUAUUUUUUAGUUUCAUAAAUAUGUCGAAUUGCACUUAGCAUUUUUUAAUUAGACCGUUAGUUUAUUGUCUCAAUUUUCGAAAAGUAAUUUUUAUAACUAAUAGAAAAGAACAAGAUUUUCACUUUUGCAUUAAAAGUUAACUUGCAUAUGAUUUAUAAGUCAUAAUCCGUUAAUGUGAACGCGUGAUAAAAUUUUCGUAUGCGUUUCGUAUACGAAAAUAUACUUUC